GCAACGCUGCGAAUGUAAUUUGAAGUUUAAAAAAUGUGUUUCAAUAUAUUUUAUUUGUGCAAUUUUAAUGAUAAAAUUAGAGAAAAAGAAUUAGAAAAUGAGUCUCUUAAACGGUUAUGGCGUUGUGAAUGGUCUCCUCUAUAUUUGGAGGAGUCCUUACAGCAAUGGUGGGAAAGCUCACACAGGUCUGCACUGACUCAAGAAGAAAUAGACCGAUUACUUUUGCAAGCUAUUGAGUUGCUGUUAAUAUUCACGCAAAAUAACUUUACGGGUCCCUUCGAUCAACUAGAAGAGUUUAAAGAAUUUGUCAAAAAUGCGAAUUUUUUGGAUAUAAACGCUGUGACGGAAUUAAAAGAGAAUGGAGAAGAGUUGAAUCCUAAUGUGAACAUUCCAGAACUGCUUUUUACAGCCCGACGAAUAUUACAAAAACUUUUAGAAAAUUCUAAAGAUUCUAUGAUAAUUCACUGGUGGAAUUUACGAUGCUUGUGUAUUCACCAGCACAUUUUGGAUGGGUUAACUUCAAAUUUGUACAAAAUGGUAAAAGAUGAGGCUGAAUGGUUACUGCCACGUGCACAUGAAAUAAAAAAUAAAGAGUACGAGGUUUUGUUGUUGCUGGAAAUAGCCAAUGCGUAUUUGCAGUUUCAUAGAUGUCAAAAAUCCGAAGAAGUCUUGCAAAAUUUGUGUGAACGCUCUGAAGUCAAUUUGAAAGUGGUUGGUUUUUUAGGCACACGUACCAAAUUUCAACAAAAGCCAUUACCCCAACUCUGCCUUCAGGUCGAACAAAAUAACUGUGCUAACUCUCUGCCGCUACCCGCAGAUACCAAUGGAGAUGUUGAAUUACCUAAACUCUUGCUAUUAGAAGAUGAUACCCGAUUAGAGCGCAUAAAAUUUAUUGAUCCUCAGCAUAACGAUAUAGUGACCUUGCCUAGCAUUUUACAGGCUUUACUUUUGACUAAAGUUCAUCAGUUAAAACGUUCCACGCCAAAAGAUCGCUUGACUGACGAAGAACUGGAACCAUAUAUUCAGACUCUACUCUACCAAGAAUUUGGGCCACUACAAGUACGUCAGUCAACUUUGCUUUUAAAUUGCUUGCAAGAGUCAAACCAGCGACGUACUGUAGAACGUAGUUGGAAACAAUGCGAGAAGAGUGUUAAACUUUUGUCAGAGAACAUUUAUUCGAUCAAAGAGCGAUUUUCUUAUGCUUUCGCGAGUUUCUUACAACCCAUAUGGCAUAUUCAAUUACAACUUUGUGAACUUUUAAUAUCAUUAGGUAUGGUUAAAACUGCUUUAGAUAUAUACCUUAAAAUUCAAGCUUGGGAGCAAGUUGUAACUUGUUAUACCAUUUUGGAACUGCGGCAUAAAGCAGCGGAAGUUAUACAUCGAGAAUUACAAAAAAAGCCUACAGUCUUAUUGUACUGUCUACUAGGGGAUGCUACCGAUGAUCCAAGAUGUUACAAAAGAGCCUGGGAUUUCUCACACCAAACCAGCGGUAAGGCUCAGGCUCAUUGGGGCAAUUACCAUUUUGGUCGGAAAGAAUACGAAGAUGCUAUUCCCCAUUAUAAACAAUCCGUAAAAAUAAAUUCCUUGCAGGGGAAAAUUUGGUUGCGAAUGGGUUACGCAGCGAUUAUGCUGGAGAAAUGGGAACUGGCAGUACAUGCGUAUAUCACAUAUACCCACUUGGAACCGAUGGGCUUUGAAUCGUGGAAUAAUUUGGCGAAAGCUCUAAUAAAACUGGGAGAUAAGCAACGUGCUCACAAAGUUUUAAACGAAUCUUUAAAGUGUAACUUCAACAGCUGGAAAGUAUGGGAGAACUUCAUGUUAGUUUCUGUGGACACGGGAAAUUUUGAAGAUGCUAUCAACGCUUACAACCGGUUAUCAGAGUUGAAAGCUCAUUUCUUAGAUUUAGAAGUUCUGUGUGUUUUAAUAACAGCGAUCGCCGAAGGGAAGCCGGAUGCAAAAGGUCAAGCACCUGAGCGUUUAUUGAAAAAAGCUAUCGAUCUAAUGGGUCACCAAUGUGUCCGACACGGCUCAGAGGCCAAAAUUUGGGAAUUAGCAGCCCUUUUGUCCCAGACUCCUCUUAAGAGAGCGGAAAAAUUAGUAAAGGGCUUCCGAGCUUUCACCACGAAAGAAUUGCUAUGGUCCAGCAAACAGCCAUAUGCCCUGAAGGCUUUACAGAUUUGCAAAGAACUAAGUCUAUACUCCUUGAAAGCUACUGGGGAUCAUGCAAGCGACGAAAGUGAGGUUAUGAUAACUUCUCAGUUGAAUUCAGCUCGUUUGGCUGCUCAGGCGUGUCUUAGAGCCAUUGAAAAAGAAACUGUGGAGUUUCCUGAAAAUUUGCAGGAACUAAAAGAAGUACGUAUGUUGUUAGAAAAAGUCACCGAACAUAUAAAACAAAGAGCAUCCAAAUAAAAUAUUUUUUAAAAUUUACUAAAA